GGCGCGUCUUGGGGUAGAGGCUGAAGCGCCAUCGGAUCCCGGGCGGGAUGCGGCGCCCGACCAAACCAAGCUCGAAAGCAUAGCGGGCUCGCUCGGUUCCGCGGACGGCGGGAUUGAUGCCAGGGCAGGAGUUCGCGUCCGGGCCGUGUCCCACCCGUAGCGCGGAGCGGAUCGAGCGCUAUGUCCCCCAUUUAACUCUUGGGGAAGUCUAGGAUGAAAUCGGCUCCCAAAAGCCUGCCCCUCGUAUUGUCACGUCACCUUAGCACCGCUUGGCCGCCAUGCAGCCGAAGAAAUCCAGAUAAAAAGAAGUGUUUGGCUACACUGUUUUGGGAAUGUUUGUCUCAGGAACUGGUUCCUCUCUGCCAAACUCUUUGGAGGUUCCACUGAAGACACCUUCUCACCUGAGUUCAGAAAACCUCCCUUCGCAUUUGGAUUUCAUCAGUGGAGAAUCUUCUGGGCAGAACCUCAGAGGCAUCAGAACACGUGAAUAAAAAAGAUGCUAAUGUUUGACCCAGUCCCUAUCAAGCAAGAAGCCAUGGAACCUGUUUCAGUGUCAUACCCAUCCAAUUACAUGGACCAAAUGAAGCCAAACAAAUACGGUGUCAUUUAUUCUACACCAAGUAUGUUGCACAAUAAGUUCUACUCAAACCCUGAAGGACUAUCAAAUGGAAUCCAGAUGGAGCCAGUAGACCUUACGGUAAAUAAACGGAGCUCACCACCUUCAACUGGAAGUUCUCCCUCCCCACUAAAAUUUCAGACUGUGCAUAGGAGAAGUUCACCUGGGUUGACUCUGUCCUCACCCAGCUCACCUCUCAGUAAAUUCACACCGUCACCCCCAGGAGUACAGCCUCUUUCUAUGCCAAUAACAAUCCCACCUGUAAUGGCCGCUGCUCUUUCACGCCAUGGACUGAGAAGCCCUGGGAUACUCCCAGUUAUACAGCCUGUUGUGGUCCAGCCAGUUCCUUUCAUGUAUGCUCCCCAUCUCCAGCAGCCCAUCAUGGUGUCCACAGUUCUUGCAGAUGAGAUGGAAACUCCAAGUAGCAUGCAAGUGCCUGUCAUUGAGUCUUAUGAGAAGCCCACCUUGAAGAAAACAAUCAAAGUAGAGCCAGGGAGUGAACCAUCAAAGACUGACUUCUAUCCUGAACAAAUGUCACCUCCAGUGAUGACCUCGUUGUCUCCUCAGCAAGUAAUGUUGCAAGAGAAUCACCCUUCAGUUAUAGUUCAGCCAGGAAAGAGACCUUUACCUGUGGAAUCUCCAGACACGCAAAGAAAACGCAGAAUACAUCGAUGUGAUUAUGAAGGCUGCAACAAAGUCUACACUAAAAGCUCCCACCUGAAAGCUCACCGAAGAACCCAUACAGGAGAAAAACCGUACAAAUGCACAUGGGAGGGAUGCACGUGGAAGUUUGCUCGUUCUGAUGAACUAACGCGGCAUUUCCGCAAGCACACAGGAAUCAAACCCUUCCAGUGUCCAGACUGUGACCGGAGCUUUUCACGUUCAGACCAUCUUGCUCUUCACAGGAAACGCCACAUGCUAGUCUGAAUGUCUUCUGUCCCUGACUCCUGACACACUUUUUUUGUUUUUUACACAUGCAUUUUAAUUUGGAUUCAGCUGGUCUGGAUCUCUGAGUUUAUACCAUUAAAAGCUUACGUAUGGUCAGUAACAGGUGUUAUCUAACCCUUCUAUGUCCUUGCCACGGGUCAGACCUAAAGAAUGUGAACACUUCUUUUUUUUUUCUCCUGGGGAUGCUAAGCAAACCCUUUCUGCAUUCAGUAUGUUUAUUGUAUUUCAUUUGUGAAUAAGGGAAUUUUUAAACUAACAGCUUUUGUUGGUUUCUUCAUAUAAUCAACCCAGCAUAUACUGAUAAAAUAGUAAAUGUUAUUGAAUAUCCGAAAUGCUAGUCCUUGCCAGAGACUAUUAUUUAUGUGCCCUGAUACAUUCUCAUUUUAUGCUCAACAAUGCAAUGAAUGGACUCUCCCAGCUGUGUUGAUUUCUGCAAUGUGGCUAAUACAACAGUUUUAGAAAGACACCUGAUUUAGAAAUCCCCAAACAGUGAGUAAUGCUGAGGAAAUAAAUCUAAACAGUAUAAUUACUUUACAGAAAGAUUGAGUCAUAGUAUCAUUUUCCCCAGAAGAAAAAUGGGCAGGAAUUGGCCCGUGCAUAAUACUGUGCAUCUAAACCAAUGUAGUCUGUCAUCUGUAUUACAGUUUAGUAUAUAUCCUUGGUUUUAUUGCAUAAUGCCCCGGUGCAUUUGUUAAAGGAAGACUUUGUGUGACUCUGUAUGUCUGUUUCUGUGCAAGUGUAUGGAUGGAACACACACAGUUGAGGAAACGGCUUGAAGCUGAGUCAGUUUACCAUCAAGCAGUUUUUCACCCAUAGGGUGGUUGGGCAUUGGAACGUGCUUCCCAGGGAAGUGGUCACAGCACCAAGCCUGUCUGAGUUAAACAUCUGGACAGUGCUCCCAGGCACAUGGUGUGACUUUUGGGGUGUCCUGUGCAGGGCCCUGAGUUGGACUGGAUGAUGCUGAUGGGUCCCUUCCAACUCAGCAUAUUGUAUGGUACUCGCCUGUGAUUUGGCAUUAAAUGACAUGGAAACCUGCUGCACCUCAUUUCAGGGAUAUAGACUAUCCCCCUACAAUCAUGCCCCUGCAUUUCUUCUAAAUAAUUUUUUUCUCUUUACUGUACUUCAGAAAAUAGCAAUCAUUAAGUCAAAAAUGCUCUGAACUGUACUGUUGUGAGUACCACUGUAAUACAUUGCAAUAUUUAAAAUCAUUGACCCACAAUAUUUUUAUGAGAAGAUGACAUCAGAUAUGAGGUACUUCUGAUGAUAAAUUGAUUCUUGUAUCUGUUUUGGAUAAAAACAUAUACCAAAUCAUCCAGUUUCUAACUCUGAUCUGUGACUCUAGUAGUCUCUUGAUGGUAGGUACAAUUACUUCCCUGUGGACAUGUCUAUUGCAUUAAAACCAUGCCUAUUAGCAAACAGAGCUCCAUAGGUAAAAUAAAUUGAAUUCAAGCAACCUGCAGUUGCCCCUAGAAAUGUUCCUGUCUGGGAGCCCUCUGAAAGGAAGGUUUGUGUAUUAGCUGGCAGACUUUGUGGCACUGCAAGCAAACAGGAUGCCUUUCUCUACACUCGCACACAAGCAUUUUCGUUCCUUACCCUAUGUAAGGUAACCACCAUUCCCACUGAAGUCAGCUUUCCCUUUCUUAUGGAAAAACCCAGUGAACAAUGGAGGUGUGAGGGAAGGAAGAGUUUCAUAGAACUCUGCAGGAGACAGGUGGAGUGUCCACCUGCAGGUGGGUAUGUCUGGGCUCGUGGAGCAGGUAGGCUGUGCUUCUAUAUCCAGUGAAACCCAAUGCCAAACAAUCUUGGAGAUGCAAGAAUUUCAGUGUAAAGAGCCUUUAUCUGGUGAUAGGACUUUACCAGCGGUUCUGCUGACAUCCACAUGCCUGUGGGAUUAGAGAAGGAGAGGUCUGUGCUUCCUGUAGAAAAAUGGUCUGACAGCAAUUGCUCUGUUCCAGCUCCAUACAUCCUCACCAUCUCACUUAGGGCUAUGUCUGGUGUCCCUCAUCUGCUCACCUGUGGUGAUGAAACACCUGGCACAUGAAUCCAUCUUUUUUCUUUCUUGGUGGGCCGGAUUGUUAGUGACAUUGAGAAACUUGUAGGAAGGAGACUGGUAUUAAUGAGCAGCUGUUCCAGAAUGUGGACCUCUGUUUUGUACAUUUUUUUUGUCAGGGUUAGCAGAAUUUGCUCUAGGUUUUAAUUUUGUGAAUCCAGGCACGUCACUGGCUGAGAGGCUGUGUGGAGGGCACCCUGUGGCGUAAGUCUACACACAUUUAGUACCCUGGAAUGAAAAUUCUCUGUUCUGUUAUUGGGGAGGGGGUGGGGGUGGAAACAGAUACUAUAAAUAUAAGCACCUUAAUAGCAAUUGGUCCCAUUUUUACCUUAAAAAUGCAAAUUUAUAAAAUUCAGGAUUUUUAAGGAACAUAUAUUUCUAAUGCUCUGUUUCUCUUUCGAGGCUUACAUAAAAUGUUUUCAUUAAUACAUUUUUUAAUACUUUUAACAUCAGUACUCUAAAAACAGAACUUCUUUGUAACAAAAGAGUUGCUUCAGAUUAUUUUGUCUAGGUUAUUUUCUAUGUUAAUUCAUUAUCUUAGGUACCUUUUUUGUGAAAGUAUGCUAAUGAUGGGGUCAGAUACAGUGGAGAUUGAGCAGAACUUUCAAAUUUCAUCCAUGUGUCUUGUGAAUUAGGACAACAGAAUUAAAAUAUUAAAUAUAAGUAUUUGAGACUAUUACAUGAUAAUGCCUUCCUUAUAGGAUUUUUCACUUGUGUCUGUGGCGUCUUUGCGGGAUGUCUAAAGGGUCACAAACAAAUGCACUUUUAGCUGAAUGUGAAUUUGCAUCUCAACUAGCUCAUUGGUUCAUUUUAGCAAACUUUGAUUUGAGGGAUACCUUGCUUUUUUAAAAUACACUCAAAUACUUUCCAAAACCAGUCAUUUCAUCUGUGCCCUAAAGAAAGGCCAGUUUAGGUAGAAAAUCCUAAUCCUGGAGAAUGAGUGUAUGUAAAUCCCCCCCCAUCUUUCUCCCUAACAGUAUUGCACUGUGCAGUGUGUAACAGGUAAUACUGUUUUACUAAAAUAUGCCUGUUUAAACCAUUUGAUUAUAAUAAAUUACUAGUUUCUAAUACAAUUGCAAGAAGCUAAGCGGGUAUUAAUGUGUGAGGUUUAUUUAAAUAUACACACAGCACUCUGCAGCAAUACUUCUAAUGCCACAUCUUGUUCAAAUAUGUUGUCUCUGUCAAGGUUAGCAACAUACAGAUAAAUACAAAUCCCUUCUAAAAAAAUCUACAAAGCAUUUUACGUGUCUUAAGAGGGCUGCACCAAUUUUCAUUCUAUUUUACAGAUAUUAGCACUUAAUGUACUUUAGAGGGUCAAAAUAAUCUUUUUGCUUAGCAUCUCUCACCUGCAAAUAUAGCAAGGACUUUUAUUUACUUUAAUACUUUAUAAACUAUGCAGAAUUUUUAAAAUAGAAUGUAAUAUAUUUUAUAAGCUAAUAAGACAAAAUGGCUAAUUAAAGUUUUCUAGCAUGCAUUACUAUAACAUGCAAAUAUGGAAACAUUUUGGUAAUCUUUUCUUACUAAAGAUGUGAAUGUUUAAUGUACUUUCACUGUUUCUACUUUGGUAGUCCAAUGGGAAUUCAGUAAUGACAUUUUGUCAUGUCAAAACUGUGAACAUAAAUUUGUACUGUACAGUCCUCAUACUAUAUUUAGUAUAUUUAGUGUAUUUAGUAUAUUUAGUAUAUUUAGAAUAUUUGGUAUACAGUGCAUAUGUAUUAUACUUGUUAAUAAAACACUCAGAAUGUU